AUGGCCAACUUGGCAAUUGCCUUCCCUUUUGUACUCCUCGUAUUGGCGGCGGUUGCAAUCUAUGUACAGGUCACCUCGAGCAACCUGUCUUUCCCCAUAUCGACCGGCACUACUGCCCUUACAAUUAUUUUACCCUUUAUAGCAGCCGCAAACAUCUUAUAUACGCCGCAACUUCGCCGGCUGUUUCAUCAGAGAGCUGCAUCAUCGUCCACGCUGUUACGGUUCUUGCCUGUAGCGCCUCCGGUUUUGCAGGCCAUACUGACAGUCGUUCUGGCCACCCUCGCAGCCGAGGGUUUCUCGUCGGGCCAGGUAAUAGAAUGUGGUCUAGAGAGGAACUGGCAAAGUCUAUGGAGCGCACAUGAUGACAGGGCUAUUCAACGUAUACAGGAUACUUUCAAUUGCUGUGGUCUCCGCUCUAUGGUGGAUCGUAGUUCGCCCAGAGGCAUGUGUCAUGAUCUCCAUGGUGAUAGAGGCAGUUCCUGCCUCGUUCCCUGGCGUGCUACGAUGCAGCGCAGUGCCGGGUUCGAGUUCGGUGUGGUGGUGGCCGUUGGCAUUGUCCAGUUGAUCCAUCUCGUGUUCAUUGGACUACGCAAUUCAGGAAGCACCAGCAGAGCUGGCUAUAGAGGCUUUGUUGUCCCCGAAACUCACGAAAGCUUGUUGGAGAAUGGGGUAGUAGAUGAAAACGAUGGAGGCCAGAUUGAGGGUAACGGCGAGAACGGUGGCAACCGUUCCAACCAUGGCACCACUGGAGACGGGGCGAACCAUAGGCUCGAACCAUCUGGCCUUGGCGAAGAAGGAAACAACUGGAGAUGAUGGUCCUUGUUGGCCAUCUUAAUCAGAGGACGGUUAGUUCUAGUAUAAACAUAGUCGGAGAAUUGAGAACACUAAUGUCAACUAAACAGGUUUACGAAAUAAGGGAAUAACUGAUAUUUAAAGAGUAUAUUAUGAUAUGAAGGGUAUGUGGUAGAUUGGUGCAAUUACAAGAGACUUAUUUUUAUCAAUGGUUACCUGCAGUUAUGACGUAUUCAGAACCCUCGGAAGCGGGUAUGCCACCGGUACGGUCCUAGGUAGAAGAACACCAGGGGUUUGACUCUCUA